GUCCUGCCAACCUUCUACUCUCCCAGGACACAGACACAAUCUACAUCUCUCGCUGCUCUGUCCAGCUCCUUCUGUGCCAGCCAUGGCAGUCCAGGAGCCCCUCCAUGUGAAGACCCCGCUGCGUGACAGCAUGGCCCUGUCCAAAGUGGCUGGCACCAGUGUGUACCUAAAGAUGGACAGUUCCCAGCCCUCGGGCUCCUUCAAGAUCCGAGGCAUUGGACACCUCUGCAAGACGAGGGCAGCACAAGGCUAUAGACAUUUUGUCUGCUCUUCAGCGGGCAAUGCAGGCAUGGCAACGGCCUAUGCUGCCAGAAGGCUGGGCAUCCCGGCCACUAUCAUUGUUCCUAGCACCACACCCACCCUCACCAUUGAGCGGCUCAAGAAUGAAGGUGCCACAGUUGAAGUCGUGGGAGAGAUGUUGGAUGAGGCCAUCCAGCUGGCCAAGGCUCUAGAAAAGAACAACCCGGGCUGGGUGUACAUACAUCCCUUUGAUGACCCUCUCAUCUGGGAAGGCCACACUUCCAUCAUCAAGGAACUGAAGGAGACGCUGAGUGCCAAGCCUGGGGCCAUUGUGCUCUCCGUUGGCGGCGGGGGCCUGCUGUGUGGAGUUGUCCAGGGGCUGCAAGAGGUGGGCUGGGAGGAUGUGCCUGUCAUCGCCAUGGAGACCUUCGGUGCCCACAGCUUCCAUGCUGCCAUCAAGGAAGGGAAGCUGGUCACCCUGCCCAAGAUAACCAGUGUUGCCAAGGCCUUGGGUGUGAACACUGUGGGGGCGCAGGCCCUGAAGCUGUUUUACGAACACCCCAUUUUCUCUGAGGUCAUCUCGGACUGGGAGGCUGUGUCCGCUAUUGAGAAGUUUGUGGAUGACGAGAAGAUCCUAGUGGAACCCGCGUGCGGCGCAGCUCUGGCUGCAGUGUACAGUGGCGUGGUGUGCAGGCUGCAGGAUGAGGGCCGGCUGCCAAGGCCGCUGGCUUCACUGGUGGUGGUCGUGUGUGGCGGCAGCAACAUCAGCCUGGCCCAGCUGCAGGCUCUCAAGGCACAGCUCGGUCUGAACGGGCUGCCCAAGUGACCCCGCACCCCUAAGUAGUGUGGGCAGAGGAUGCACCUGACAGUGGCCCCACCCUCCUUCACCCAUGUUUAUAAUGUGCACUUUUUCAUUGUAAAUAAAUAAUAUAUAUAUUUAUAAA